AUGAAUGGGGACCUGACUCCUGCAGAGGCCUGUGAACUGAAGGCCUCCCUCGGACGAUUAAAUGGAAGAUCUCCCGGCCCUUCUUCAUCCCCAACCGUCUCACCAUCUGUCAAAGUAGCCAAUCAACCAGACAAUGUGUGGACAGCGCGUAAAUUAGCUGCUCUUGGUGGCUACGCAGAAACUCCAGCUGCUAACACUGCCACCACUACCAACAUGAAUAGUGGAAAAUCCGACAGAAUUGGAGAGAAACCAAAUCACAUAUCUUCUUCCGCCGUUGCUGCUGCACCCGGGAAACUCAACUCCGUCACCUCUGACACCGCUUCCAGCAAACAGGGUAUUGUGGAGAAACACAAGAAGACCUCGAAGAACGGCGAUGUAUUGAAGCAAAAAGGAAAUCUGGAAAGCAGCUCUGGCGACAAGAGAACUUCCAAAAAGGAUCAACAGCAAAAUAGAGGCGCUCCUACCCUAUCUUUCACUACAACGCCCAGUGCCAACGCUGCUACUACAACUACUCUGGACGUCACAGAAACGGCUUCCACGUUCCUUCCAAACACUGUCCAACAUCCCUACUACUCGGCUCCGCCUUUCUACACCACCGGGACCCCGCAUCCCUCCCCCUUCUUUCCUGCACCACCUCACACUCACUUUGGUCCGCCUCCACCGCCGCCCCCCUGUUUCAUCCCUCCUCCGUUGCCACCCUACUUCCAGCAGACUCACCACCCACCCGCACAACCUCCUCCUCCCUAUCUUUUUUCUCCAGCCAAUCCGGCUGCUGUAGUGGCAGGCGCACCUUACCUCUCCUUUCAGCUGCCUCCUCCUUCAAUUACCCAUGGCUUGCCAGGGCCUCUGCAUCCAGCUGCGGGGUCCGUGUCCACUGGAACACCGCUGCUCGGUGUUCCACAUACCUUACCCUUCGUCACUCCGACCACCGCUAGUCCUACUACCAUUGGAAUAGCAGAAGAGGAGCGCAACGCUAUUGUUCGAGCAAUUUCGAAAAUUUCUCCACCGAAG